AUGCCCCGCCUCCCCCCCCACCUCCUCCACCGCGCCCACGCGCACUCCCCCCUCCUCCCACUGCUCCUCCCCCCCUGCCGCGACGCCCCCUCCGCCCUCUCAGAGCUGCGCUGGCUGCGCGCCCACGCCGCCACCACGUCGCAGCCCCUCCGCCCACUGUGCGAGCGCCGCCGCCGCGGUGAGCCGCUCCAGUACAUCCUGGGCACGCAGCCGUUCGGCGACUUGGAGAUGCUGUGUCGGAGGGGGGUGUUGAUUCCACGAGACAGAAGACCUAAUCCACCGCCUCGCCGCCCUCCUCGCCACCACCAACCCCCCACUACACGCCCACUCCGCAUCCUGGACCUCUGCACCGGCACCGGCUGCAUCCCCCUCCUCCUGCACUCACUCCUCCCCGCCUCCACCACCACCCUCGCAAUCGACAUCUCCCCGCGCGCAAUCCACCUCGCGCGCCGCAACCUACGCCAUAACGUCGGUCGCGGCGCGCUCCCUGCGUCCGCCGCACAGAACGUCACGUUCCAGAGAGGCGACGUGCUGGAUGUGCCGAAGCUGCUGGACGCCGUGCGCGCCCACUUCGGCCCGGGGGAAGGGGGGGGGAGGGGAGUGGUGGACGUAGUGGUGUCCAACCCGCCGUACAUCUCGGCGCGCGGAUUCGACGUGGAGACGGCGGCGUCGGUGAGGCGGUAUGAGCCGCGGCUUGCGCUUGUGCCUGGUGGGGAGGGAGGGGAUGGGUUUUAUCCGGUUGUGGGGAGGGUGGCGGGGGAGCUGGGGGCGGGGGUGGUGGUUGUGGAGGUGGGGGGGUGGGGGCAGGCGGGGAGGGUGAGGAGGAGGUGGAGGGAGGAGGGGAUGGGGGGGUGGGAGGGGGUGGAGGUGUGGAAGGAUUAUGCGGGGAGGGGACGGGGCGUGGUGGCGUGGAGGGGGGUGGGGUGGGAGUGGAUGGGAGGGGGAUGUGGAGGGGAGGUGAAUUGA